CAGAUCAGACCUGGUUUCCACUGACUGUUGUUACUUCACUUUGUUCUCAACAAAUUAUACAAUUCACAUCAGUGAAAAUUUUCAACUUGAAUAAUUCAUUCAUCAAGAUCUGAUGUGUGAUUUAAUGUUACUUUAAUUUUUUUUGAGCAGGGGGAGGGUGUGUGCUGUAAGUCUGCAUAUCAGACACCUGGGCCAGCAGGAUAUUUGGGUGUCAAAUAUGUGAAUAAAUUCCAGUAAAUGAGAAGCUGUAUUGGUGGAGUGGAAUCAUGAGUUUCAUCUCAUAGAUAAGAGAGAACCUGCUUGCAUUAGAGCACACAAAAAAAAGUCUCAUGUUGGUCUGUUGGUCAGUCACACGAAGCUCUCAUUUAUUAGUUCCUACAGCAUAUACUGCCUUCAUUUUGCUGCCGUAUGCUUAAUUCAACGCAAGUCUACGCACGUGGAAGUGGUUUGACCUUUUCAAUACUGAUUGUACUACUCAUCCGCAAACCAAACAAAACGCCCUCGCAAUUACAGUGCACUUCCCAAAACACUUUAAAAAGGACACUUAUCUUGCUGUCAAACCAUCACUGACAGAAGUGUCGACAUGCACAUCAUCAGCAUGCUCCUCUUACCGGUGCUGUUCCUGCUCUUUGGUGUCUCGGCGGUUCAAUCCGUCCCCACCUUUCAGCACGAUGACCCGGUCACCGGUCGGAGCCUCACCUGUAACCAGUGUCCACCCGGAACUUACAUGGCCGCCUACUGCACCGCCACCACACAAACCAAGUGCCUGCCCUGCAAGAGCCAACACUUCACCGAGGUGUGGAACUACCUGCCCAAGUGUCUGUACUGCUACAACUUCUGCUCUGAGAACCAGGAGGUGGAGACGGAGUGCUCAGCGACCACCAACAGGGUCUGUCGGUGCAAAGAGGGUUUCUAUAUGAUCAAUGACUUCUGCAUGAGACACUCAGAGUGCGGGGUCGGACACGGUGUUAAAACGAAAGGUACGCCACAAACUAACACAGUUUGUGAAAGCUGUUCCGAGGGCUACUUCUCAACUUCAUCUUCCGCGCUGGAGCCAUGCGUAAAACACCAGGACUGCGCAAGCGGACAGAUUGCGCUCCUCCCCGGCACAGUUAACCAGGACAAAAUGUGUGGCUCCUGCGAGGAUCUUGCAAACGGAGGUGAGACGCUCAGGUCUUUCGCCUCAGGAUUCUUCAGUAUGCACAGGAUGCGUGUGUCGAAAAUGAAAACGUUUGUUUCCAGGUAUAUUCACAAGUCAGCAGGGGGGGCACUCGCCAAACAGAGAGGUCCUCUGAUGGAUCAGAUCAAAUCGUGGCUGGCCCAGGCUCCAGAGUCGCAGCUGAGAAGUCUGCCACAGAUGCUGAAGGCUUCACAGCUCCGCUCCAUGGCAGAAAAAUUAGAGAGUAUAGUCAAUAGCAUUAAGGAGCAGAGCCCAAACUGCACCUUAUCAUUCGUUGUUUAGAUGUAGAGUGACAGUGUCCAUGGCACAUACAGUAACGUAUACCUCUUUCUUAUUUGGCAGUUUUGCCCACUUGAAAACAAGUAUUUAUUUUUUUUUUUUCAUUUGCAUUUCAAUUGAGAGUACAUGCACUGCCUUAAAGACUGACCUAAUGAUAUUUCAUAAAUGUUUUUGUUUCUUUAACUCAGCUAAGACUGUUUACAUCAGAUUGUUAUGAGGGAAGAAGUGACAAACCGUUAAACUUGGGAGAAUUAUGCAUAUAUUUAACAACACAUUGUGAAAUUACAUGAUAGAUUGUACAUAAAUACUUAUGUUUGAAAGUGAGUGACAAUUAAAAUAAAUGUUAUCAUAAACAUGUUUGAAGUUCUGUGAAACUGAGUGAUAAACUGAAAACGUAACGUGCAGCAGCGAAAUAAAGAAUACCGAUAUGAUCUAA